AUGAACAAUCAACCGAGGUACAACGAGCUAUGUAACACCAACACCUCUGUACAAUCAACAGAGAAGACAGGUAGCACGAAUACUUCAAACACAGAAGAGUCUACCCAAGUUACAAAUCCUGCUAUAGUCCCAUCCACAGUAGAUUUCACAGAGAGCACAACCAGCUCUCUUGUACCAACCUCACAAGAAUUAUCUGAAAGUACUAGCCACACGGUCACAUCGGAACUCCCGAACAAGAAUACAGACGGCAACGUCACGCCAUUCCUUGGCAAGGCUACCGAAAGUACUUUAAGCACUGUUACAGGUGAAAUAUUUCCAGCCACAAGCAUUAACUCCUCGCCAUCAUCCGAACAAUCAAGUGAAGGUACAACGAGCUAUGUAACACCAACACCUGUUCAGUCAACAGAGAAGACAGAUAGCACGAAUACUUCAAACACAGAAGAGUCUACCCAAGUUACAAAUCCUGCUAUAGUCCCAUCCACAGUAGAUUUCGCAGAGAGCACAAUCAGCUCUCUUGUACCAACCUCACAAGAAUUACCUGAAAGUACUAGCCACACGGUCACAUCGGAACUCCUGAACAAGAAUACAGACGGCAACGUCACGCCAUUCCUAGGAGAGGCUACCGAAAGUACUUUAAGCACUGUCACAGGUGAAUUAUUUCCAAGCGCAAGCAUUAACUCCUCGCCAUUAUCAGAACAAUCAAGUGAAGGUACAACGAGCUAUGUAACACCAACACCUGUACAAUCAACAGAGAAGACAGGUAGCACGAAUACUUCAAACACAGAAGAGUCUACCCAAGUUACAAAUCCUGCUAUAGUCCCAUCCACAGUAGAUUUCACAGAGAGCACAACCAGCUCUCUUGUACCAACCUCACAAGAAUUAUCUGAAAGUACUAGCCACACGGUCACAUCGGAACUCCCGAACAAGAAUACAGACGGCAACGUCACGCCAUUCCUUGGCAAGGCUACCGAAAGUACUUUAAGCACUGUUACAGGUGAAAUAUUUCCAGCCACAAGCAUUAACUCCUCGCCAUCAUCCGAACAAUCAAGUGAAGGUACAACGAGCUAUGUAACACCAACACCUGUGCAGUCAACAGAGAAGACAGGUAGCAUGACUACUUCAAACACAGAAGAGUCUACCCAAGUUACAAAUCCUGGUAUAGUCCCAUCCACAGUAGAUUUCGCAGAGAGCACAACCAGCUCUCUUGUACCAACAUCACAAGAAUUACCUGAAAGUACUAGCCACACGGUCACAUCGGAACUCCUGAACAAGAAUACAGAUGGCAACGUCAUGCCAUUCGUUAGCAAGGCUACCGAAAGUACUUUAAGCACUGUCACAGGUGAAUUAUUUACAGAUAGAGGCAUUACCUCUUUGCCAUCAUCAGAACAAUCAAGUGAAGGUACAACGAGCUAUGUAACACCAACACCUGUACAAUCAACAGAGAAGACAGGUAGCACGAGUACUUCAAACACAGAAAAGUCUACCAAAAUUACAGAUGUUACUGUUGUUCCAUACACAGUUCCAUAUGUUGUUCCAGCUCCAGGAUUAUCAACCGAGAUUACAGCAGUCACCACUACCACUUCAAUCCCAGGAAAGACAACAACGAAUUCAUCCGCAACUGUCAUUAUACCACACGUCACUCCAACACCUAGGAAGUCGACGAAGAUUACAGGCAGCAUGAUCACUCUAGCUUCAGCAAUGCCAACCAAUAAUACAGUCACCAGUGUCACUCCAACUCCAAGACAGAUAACUAAGAAAACAAGCACAACUGUAACCCCAACUCCAAGAAAGUCAACCAAGAGUACAAGUAGCUCUGCCGUUCCUUCAGCAAAAUCGUCAUUGUGUACACCUCUUUAUCAAAAUGAGGUAACAGUCAUGAAAGAAGGAACUUGUAUUGAAGGAAGGAAAUAUUUUCAUGAGUCAGCCGAUUGCCGGAAGCACUAUAUAUGUGUUAACGGGGUGAAGCAUUUAAAAUUGUGUAGUGAAGGAAAUGGUUUUAAUCCUCAUUGGUGUAAUUGUGACUGGAUGAAAGAUAAAAAUAAAUGUACAUUUUACACUUAGAUCUACAGGAGCAACUAAGGAUAUGUCAAUGUUAUUGAAAUGUAAAAUACUACUAUUACCGACUUCAA